UUGCAUAACCCGCUGAGUGGCCAACGCGUGCGCACCACCAAACCACCUGACCACCGGACCAUCGAACCAGAGUGAGAGUUGAGGACUAACCGUCGUCGAAAGGAUGAAGAGCACCGCCGCUUGUCUGAUAGUCGCCCUUGCGGCGCUGUCCACCGCCCACUCGGCGCCCACCGAAGGUCAGGUGGCGCCCCAGUCCGCCACGCAACUAGCCCUGGACAUGUACCAUGGCUGCCUUAAGGACCUCAGUGUUUCCUGCGUGCGUCCCAAGGCCCUGCAGUGGUUCAACUCUGCCCUCCGGCAGCCGGAGGUGCGCAUCACCGAGCGCCUGUCGAUUGUCCGUACCGCGGAGAAGGUCGAGUCCCGAUCCAUGAACCCGGAGGAGCGCCUCUUCGACGACAUCGACAGCUAUCUGGGCAGCCACUCGCUGAGGAUCCAGGCUCCGGAGUACUUCCGCACCUCGGAAGCCCGCUCCCUGGUGCCCGACUUCCUCAUGUCGAAUCCGCUUACUCAGGGAGGAUUAGUUCCCCUGGCAGCUGCUAACGAAGGACGUGGCAUGAUCCGCAAGGCAGUUCUGCCCUUCCUUCUGGGCCUGAAACUGAAGACCACUGUGCUGGUGCCACUGGCCUUGGGACUCAUUGCCCUAAAGACCUGGAAGGCCAUGACCUUGGGCCUGCUCUCAUUGGUGCUGUCUGGAGCCUUGGUUAUUUUCAAGAUUGCCAAGCCCAAGAUUGUCAACUACGAGGUGGUGCACUAUCCCCAUCACGUGGAUCAUGUGGUGCCGCAUCACAUUGAGCACGUGGUGCCCCACCACAUCGAGCACGUGGUGCCCCACCACAUCGAGCACAUAGUGCCGCAUCACAUCGAUCAUCAUCUGGAGCACCACAUCGAUCACCACGUGGAUCUGCCCGUGGAGCACAUCGAGCACCUGGAGCACCCAUCGCCCGCCUGGGAUCCUCAUGCCUGGGCCCGAUCCUCGCAAGAGCCGCAGGAUGCCCAGGACUUGGCCUACGCGGGUCAGAAGUGAACAUGGGUCUAGAGACCAAAACCCCCCUUACGAAAUUCGGCCAAACUGUAACCUUAUUUAUUUCGUUCUAAGUUAAGUAGCUGAAACACACCGCUCUCGGCGUAUUGUUUAUUUAUUUAUUUAUUGAGAAGUGUACAAAGCAAAGACCACAAAAAGAACCAAACCCCCAAGGCGUUUUAAAAAGGUACUAAGUGGGAAUUAGCUCUGGUGUCCCUUUGUGUAAAUAUUACUGCAAUAAAAACAUGC